CUACACUGACAGUGACACUGUCAACAGUUGCAAGCGCAUUUGAUGUCAAUUUAAUAAGCUAAUCUGGGGCGCUUUUGGCUAUUAGUAUUGACAUCAAUCAACUGAGAUUGUUAAAACCCUAUACGCACCCUGCAAUCGACGCAGCUGGUUGAGCACUUCAAGAAACUCUCACCGACUUUGAUUCACUAUCCGCAGCUCUCGGUGCAUUCUCGCAGUGAGACGAGCUUUGCGGUGGAUUCAAUGAUGGCUCUGCAACGAAGUGGCGGGCCAGCUCACGCCCCGCAAGAAGCAUAUGCCGUCCUAUUCUGCCCCCAAUGCGGGAGCUUGUUAGAUCUUCCAGAGUCAAAGUCUGCAGCUUCUUGCCCCCUUUGUAACUUUCACAGGAGUGUGGAAGAUAUGGAGAGUAUAGAGGUGGUAGUUCGGAGCACCCCGGAGGAUUUCAGGCGGCGAUACGGAAUUGAACCUCUAGUGAAGGCGACGCAUGGGAAUCUAGGAAGUGAAACCCCAUCAAAAGAUGGGAGGGACAGGCAAAGAGCAACGGUCGACGAAGAUUGUCCAAGUUGUGGCCAUCGAGAGCUCGAGUACUACACGCUACAGCUUCGAUCGGCGGACGAGGGGCAGACCGUAUUUUACGAAUGUACAAAGUGUCAUCAUAAGUUUGCCCAAAACACAUAGAAGCUGCGUAUAAAACUGACAUCCAAUCAGAUACAAUAAGGAUCAAACGAAGGGGAGAUUUUGUGCAUCACAUUCAGAAGGGGUACUCGAUCACUCGACUCAAAGAGCAGGGUCGACGCCAAAACGCCUGAGGUUGUAACGAGGGAACGUUGAGUCGGUGACACGACCAAGAUCUGAGGUGCUCUUAACCGAUGAUAUUUGAAAAGUUACUCGUAAGAUUUAAAGUAAGCAAGUUGAGAAUGUUCGUGGUCGCUGCUUCUAGAUUUUGUAACCGUUUGUCAGUCUUUUUGUUCCGACUUGGGACUCGGCGAGUUCAAAUCAAUUGUGCUAUACACGAAAAGUAAAUCUUCCGGCAACCUUCAGGUUGCAUCGUAGUUAAUUCAAGAUAUCAAAAGUUGCUUCGAUGAUCCUUGAAAACAAUAUCUUUGUUGAGUCAUGCAUACGGU